AUGCCUAGGCGGAAUACCUCGAUUCACAUCAAGAAUCUUGCUGAUGGAGUUCGACACGAAGAACUCCGCCAUGCCUUCGGAAAAUUUGGAAGAGUUGUUGAUGUUACUGUUCCUGUUAAUUACCAUACAGGAAGACCCAAAGGAUUCGCAUUUUGUACGUUUGAUGACCCUCGCGACGCUGAAGAUGCUGUCUACCAUAUGAACAAGACUCGCUUCGCAGGACGGGAAAUUUCUGUUGAAUUUACAAGAGGAACCAGAAAAAGUAGGUCACUUCUUUCUUUUUUUAUUGUGGCUGUCAGAUCCAUGUUUACCUUUCUUGAGUUAUAUCCAACUCCUGCAGAAAUGCGCGCUCGAGACAGUGGAAGUCGCAGUGGUAGGUCAUGGCGUAGUCGAUCUCGUUCUCGUACACCGCGUAGACGCAGAUCAUCACGCGAUCGAUCGGUUUCACGUGAUCGUCGUAGGCGUCGUGAUGAUUAUCGACGUCAUUCUUUCUCUAGAUCUCCUGAGGAGGAAAAUGGCCGAAAUGGACGUCGCAGAAAUAGCGUAGAUGACCGUCACUCUAGGUCUCCAAGCGCUGGACGUUCGCCUUCACGUGAUGCCUCGAGAUCACCGAGUCCACGUGCCCCUCGCCUCGAAGUCGUUCUGGAUCGCACUAGGUCUUCGCCAGGUGAAACAGAAGUGAGCACGAGGGCUAUUCGAAAGCAACUAGAGUUUUAUUUCAGUGAUGCAAAUCUCUCUCAUGACGGAUUCUUCUUCGCUGAGUUGAAGCGUUCGCCUGAUGAGUCGAUAGGCUUUGAUCUCCUCCUUCGGUGCAAUAAGCUGCGUUCUCUGGGGGCCACCACUAAAGAGCACUUGGUAUUAGCACUUGAACGCUCAAAGUCACUCAAAAUCAAUGAUUUAGGUAUGUGGUGUUGGAGGGAUUUUGCAUUCGUUGUACUUAAGUCCUCGUUUGAGCAUGAGGUCACUUACGAGAUGUGUUCCUCCGUUGUUCCGAGUAUUGGCUGUACUUAUUCUACGCCUUCCUGUAAUGCCGGUGAAAAGAUAGUCCAUUACUUGCAAGUGCCUUAUGGAGUUAGCACCGGUGUCAAGCGUGUGAAGCCGUACGAUUUCACGCGGACUCCCCCGGAUUGCAUCGUCCUUGCGACGGGUCUUAAUUUCCUCAACUCACCUCAUUCACCAUCGAUGGACCAGGGCGAAGACGAUGGCGACGACGUUGAAGAAGUCUUACAAGUAGAUGAAGGUGUUGGAGGAGUGAGCACGGAUGAGGUCAUUAACUUCCUGAAAGAACAACUGAAGGAAUAUACCAAGGUGAAGUACAUUCAUGUUCCACGAUUUAAAACAAGUGGAUCACUCCGCGGUUUCGCAUUUGUUGAAUUUGGAUCAAAAAAUGCUGCCGACAGUGCUCUCUCAGCUUUUGCUCCCACCGAAGAGGAUCUAGUCCGAAUCCCACCCAUGCCAGCCUCUAUUAAGGGCAAGAAGAUGGGUGUGGAGUCAGGUUGGAUGCCCAAGACAGCACCCUACGCUGCUUCGUCGCUCAGCCUGUCGGAGCAGUUGGCACGUCAACUUGUGUGGCGCUGUUGUAGUCGACGUUCGAAACAGGAGAGAGCUGCCUUCCGUCGACUUCUCAACGCGGGAUAUAGAAGACCAAACCCUCUUGACGCGGAAUAUCAUUUGAUAACGGGAGGCUAUACCACCACCUCUACAAACCCUGUCGAAGUGGGGAAGGCGGAGGAGGGAGAGGAGAGAAAGGAACGACUGCGUCUCCUUCCCUACAGCGAUUGGGAGUUGUGGCGCACCCGUUUUUACCAAUGGCAACGCGCCUGGGUGAUUCGGAUGAACUCCAAGGCCGAGAAGUUGACCGCUCAGAUCGAGCGCAAGAUGCGGGCUGUCAAUGUCUCCUCUGCACACAAUCGUCCUCACGUCACUUCACCACCACCACUACCACCUCCUGAGGUGGCAGCGGUGGCGGCCAAUUGUUCGCCUCCUGUCAGACUCGAUCUUCCCAGCAGCUACUUUCCUGGCACUGUCGUUGAGGUUUUCUGGCCAUUGGAGACGGAAGUGAUGAAUCUGGACUUGCGAAAGCAGAUGCGCCACGUGCGGCUUGCGAUUGAAUCGAGCGUACUCCAGCCUUACAAUCUCCUCCAUUCUGUCAUGCAUUUUGACACACAGAGCGGUAAUAGACUGCCGCUGCUCCAUAGACCUCAACACCUCCCCUCCACUUUAAUGGAACCCAACCCACGAACUGCUUGUGUGUAUAUUCGAUUCAAGGAACCUCAGGAGGCGAAGGCCUUCGUCUGUGCGAUUGCUGAAACCGGCACCGGCUCCUCCCAGGUGCUGAAGCACCUUGCCAUUAGUUACACUUUACCUGGAAGCUUCGAAUAUACUCCCAAUCCCCCACAUUCAUUCGUGCAUUCUUGUCUGCAACGUCUUCGUCGUACUGCAGCCAAACAUUUUAUUAGGCUUGGAAAUUACAGAAUUAACUUCUGGAAGAGAUCUUGGAAAUACUCUUCCUUUUCUUAUGGGCUAUACACGUUAUUUUGGUACUCUUUUCUAGAUAGUGGAGAUGUCGAAGGUGCUUGGCGAAGACGCGGUGGAUGUUCAGCGGAGAUCCUUGAGGGUGAGCGUGAGGAGGAGUACUGUGCGGCUAUCGCAGCCUCCAAAGCUGGCGCCGCGGAGCGAAGACGCCGAACGCAAGCUGCCAAGCGUCGCAAAAAGGUCAAGAGUCAAAAGACUGUCGUAUCCCAAUAG